AUGGACUCUUCAGGCUCAUCGUCUCAGGACCCUACGUCUGUCCUUCGCGGUGCUACCUUCACGCGGAGCGAGGGCUCGCCAGUACCCUCUGAUGCGGUCACUGCUUCUGAUGUCCUCCUGGGCUCCUUCGAUCCUGCUAGACUCCAUCCAUUAGCUGGCCUAGAGGACAAACUGGACUAUUUGCAACUAGAAGAUGACCAAGUGAGCAAUAUGCCAGGCUCAGGUACGGCGAUACCUUCGCGAGGGUGGAGUGAUGACUUGUGCUACGGGACUGGGACAUUGUAUCUCAGUGGUCUUGCUAUGGGUGGUGUCUGGGGUUUACGUGAAGGAGCGAGGAGGCCACUAGCGGUUUCCAACGCGCGAUUGCGGGUAAACAGCAUCCUGAAUUCCGUAACGAGAAGAGGGACCUUCAUUGGAAACUCUGCUGGUGUACUCGCUCUCGCGUAUAACGGCAUCAACUCUAUUGUCGACACUUUGAGGGGCAGGCAUGAUACCGUUGGGAGUAUGGCUGCAGGAGCCCUUACUGGUGCGUUGUACAAAUCGACGGCCGGUGUACGGCCAGCUUUGGCGGCGGCGACGAUGGUGUCAGCAUGUGCCGGUAUCUGGAGCUAUGUUAAAAACCGUGUAUGA